AUGGGACGGAUGAAGCAACUGCUCAUCAACCCGAACAUAGAGAAUGCAGCGGACAUGAUCGAAGAUCAUCUGUCCAAGUCGACGACUGGGUGGUUCGCAAGCGGUCCUGAGCCUACCUCCGCCGACUUUAUGAUGCUCUAUCCAUUGGAGAUCUUGCCGAGGUCUAUGGGGGGUCGCAUAGGACCCAAGACAUUAGCUUGGGUCGAGAAGGCUCAUGGUAGAGCUGCGUACAGACGA